AACGAUCCUGAAUAGAUGUCGUUAGAUGUCGACACAGGGGAUUUUAAAUAUGCAAUUAUUAUGAGUAAGUGUGUCGAUCUAAGUUUCAUGCGAUUCACUUCGCAGAAGGGUAAAGUAAAGCUGUGUUUGCGCAGGGCCGUUGCGCAGUCAGUCAAGAACAGUCCACGGGCGAGAGUAGUGGGGCUGCUCAGAAGAAAGAUGGCCGCCACCAGCGAGGAACGGAGUGUUAUGGAGGUUUCUCAGACGAAUCCCGGGCAAAGCCAGCCCGUCGAUCCUCUAAAGCUACUUUAUCCGAUGGUAAACGAGGAGGAGACACCGCUGCCAAGGUCGUGGAGUUCCAAGGACAAGUACACUUUCAUCGGCCUCUCGAAAAACAACCUUCGUGUUCACUACAAAGGCUAUGGGAAAACUCACAAAGAUGCAGCCAGUGUUCGUACAACACACUCAAUACCGGCAGCUUGUGGUCUCUAUUACUUCGAGGUGAAGAUCGUCAGUAAAGGUAGAGACGGGUACAUGGGAGUUGGCCUUUCUGCACAUGGAGUAAACGUGAACAGGCUGCCAGGUUGGGACAGGCUCUCUUACGGGUACCACGCCGAUGAUGGGCACAGCUUCUGUUCUUCUGGAACAGGACAACCAUAUGGGCCAACAUUCACUACCGGCGACGUAAUCGGCUGCGGUGUGAAUCUUGUUAAUAACACUGUCUUUUAUACAAAGAACGGACACCAUCUUGGUAUAGCAUUCACUGAACUUCCGCCAAAUUUGUAUCCAACGGUGGGUCUUCAAACACCAGGAGAAGUGGUGGAGGCAAAUUUCGGACAAGAACCGUUUGUGUUUGAUAUUGACGACAUGCUUAACGAACUCCGUGUUAGAACAAGGUUGCAAAUCAUAAACCAUCCCACGCCAGAUCACGGUCAGUGGCAAGCAGUUCUCCACAAAAUGGUAUCAACAUAUUUAGUCCAUCACGGUUAUUGUGCCACUGCCGAAGCAUUUGCUAACAGUACUGGUCAAGUAUUGGAGGAAGACUUUAAUUCUAUAAAAAACAGGCAAAGAAUUCUAAAAUUGGUACUGGCAGGUAGAAUGGGGGAGGCCAUAGAGUUGACGAGUCGAUUAUAUCCAGGUCUUCUCGAGAGAGACUCGAAUCUUCUUUUCGCCUUAAAGUGUCGACAGUUCGUUGAAAUGGUGAACGGCAGCGACUCCGAGGUCUAUCAGAAUUCCAACAUUAAUCAAACUAGCGUUAUACAGUCCACGAAGGCUUACACCAAGUCCUCGACGAACGGCAACGUCGAGGAAAUGAACAUUAACAACGCGAUCAAUGGCUCCAGCGAGCAACAGUUUGUCAACGGGCAGAUCGAGGACGAUGUAGAUAUGGAAGAGAAUAUCGUGAACGGUGUCAGAAACAAUAACGGCUAUCAGAACGGCGAUCUGAAUACAAACGGGUACAAAUGUCAGAACGGAGAGGACGUUGACAUGGAGAUCGACAAUACUAAUCAAACCCAUCAGCAACAAAAUGGCAGUUGCAGUCCAGAGAACACAUCGAACAAGGGCAACAAGAAACAACUCUGCGGCGGUGACAAACAAGCGAUCGAGAAAAUGUUAGAAUUCGGCAGACAGCUCUACUCUCAGUCGCUACAUCUACGACAACAAGACGGGAAAAGCGAAAGUAAUAAAAAGAUGCUGCACGAUGCGUUCAGUCUUCUUGCUUAUGCGAAUCCGUGGGACUCGCCGGUCGGAUGGCAGCUUGAUCCCCAACAAAGGGAGACCGUUUGCGCAAGACUCAAUUCCGCCAUCCUUGAAUCGAGUAAUUUCCCACGACGACCACCGUUGGAAGUCGCAGCGUCGCAUGCGAGGGAACUUGUACGGUUAAUGUCUCGCGCAGAACUUGGGGCAUGCGGCUUCGCAGAUGUAGAUAAUAUCAUCCAAUAUUGACGGUGCCUACCCCUGCUGCCACGUCUGCUUCUUCUACCGGCACGAGUUUGGAUGUGGAAACGGAACGUGGAGCAGAUAAUACUCUUGCAGCAUCAACGUCGCGACAUCGCGUGCCUCAGCUAGAGUCUGCUCCACCAGCAGUUGGCUCUCUGGCUCGAUCUCACACGUACACCUAAACACAAACGAAUACAUAUACACACGCGCGAAACCCACCAAAAAGUACAUAACGUUAUGGCAAUGGAGAUGAGUAUAUGGGGAUGGCAAUUAUGCUGGCAUUAACGGUCACCGCCACCGUGUACGUGGCUGAAUAAUUGAGCAACAGUGUUUGGCGAAACGCGAAGAGAUCACGUUUCGGUUCUGUUCAGAAUGCAUACGUACGGAAAAUGUAAGAAUACCAAGAUUGAAUGCAGUUUAAGAUCAAAAUCGAGGACGAAGGUUGAGAUGCUAACUCUCGCUUUAAGAAAUGAAUGUAACAAGAACGGUAGUUGCAAACCCAAUAUUUGAAUGGAUGGAAAUUUUUUCGUUGAAGUUGUAGAUGGAGGAAGCUCCGCUAGGAGUUCCUUUUUCAUGAUGAGAUAUGAGAUCGCUGAUCAAGAUUGUAGCCGAGCAGUAAGAGAUGGAAAACAAGGUUGAAGAUGGCAGUGGAGGAAGGAAAUACGAACACAAUGAAGGAUGAUGUUUCAACACCUGCCAACCAAGACGACCCUUUUCUCGUUUCCCUUUUUAGCCCGUGAUACACCGUAAUCUCACGGUUGUUCCCUCGUUCCCUCCAUCUACAGACCUAUCAUGAUCAUAACAAGUUAUGCUUAAUUCAAUUAAUGGAUCGAUGAACACUUCAGGUAGGUCUUUCACCCAUUUUACCACAUUCUUAUAAUUUAACUCGAUUCCUCCCUUCUGUCAUUUCACUUCAUUGUUAACUUUAUUGUUCCAGCUACCGUGACAAUUUAUUUCUCUCUCUGAAUUUAUCGUUGCAUGAUACAAUUUAGAUCAUUCAAAAUUAACUUUGCACGUUGUCAUUCUAUAUCCUCUCAGACUCUACUCAACGUUUUAUAUGCUGGUACAUUAACGCCUGGUUAAGUUUGUUUUACUUGGCAACGUGAAAUUUUAGGUCCAUCGGCUCAUGAUCCCUUCCCGAAGUUCGCUUUUAUCAUUCUUACCUCUUCCACCUCUAAUCCGCCCUACUCCAUGACACUUUUCCUCGUUGAGGCUUGUUGUACAGCAUUUCCCCCUUAACGUUGCGCUACGUCGCGAAAUGGUGGGGCAUAUGGAAGCGCUACGUUACGGAGGGAAUGCUGUAUUUUGCUCUCUUUUGAUUUCAAAGUUUCAAUUCCCUGAUCGAUCCAGGUCACUUUUUUAUCUGAUGAUUAACGAGUUAACGAGAAAAGUCUCGUCGACAAUUAAUUACAUAAUUAAUCCCCGUCGAGUAUUCUGGAUAGCCUUUCUAAUCGUGUUGUCAACGAGUCGAUUUUUGUAUCAAUUGUUAGCUUUUAAAACGUAAAAGGGAGAAGAAGGUAAAAUAAGUAUAAACGACUAUUCUUCGAUUACUUGUCAUUAUUGUAAUUUAAGGUAGAAAGAUAAAAAAGGAACCGUUUCGUAGAUAAUACCGUUUCAAAUUACGUUUCACAUUCGAUCUACGUAAUCGAUAAAAUAACGACGAAGCAAUAAUUAUAAUUUUUAAAUAACCUUUUCUCUUUUCUUUUUGGUAUAUCUUUGUUUUCUUUUUUUUUUUUAAUUAUAUUAUAAAUUUUUACUAUUUUCUAUUGUUACGAAUACACUUUCGAGCCCCAUCAAUCGGAGAUUUUUUUAUCGAACAUAAUCGUCAUCGGACAACCGUUUAUGUUCUUCCGUUCGAUUUUUUAUUUUGUUUAAGAAAUAAAAAGGGUACAUAUAUCGUGCGUUAGUGAUUAUAUUGUGUGAUUACGAGGAACUUUGAAAAACAAUUCAGCGAUGAGAUCGUAAAAUUUGAUGAUUCUGAAUGAUUGUAAAAAAGAUAAGUCGAAUAUUAUGACAGUUAUACAAAGAUAAUAAAAGUUGCAUAAUUAAAGAGAACGUUGUAAAAUAUGCGGUGUUUUAUAUUUCUAUCUGUUUCUUCUAUUUCGUUGAAUGAAAACAGAAAGUGGAAAUAUUUAUCGUUUUAAUAAGCAAUUUGAAUUGUUUUAGCCAAUACCAAUGAUGUAAAAAUUGCACGAGUUGCUUGAAAAUGAAAUUUCGAUUGACGCCGGUAAAAGUGUUUCUGUGUUCAGGUAAUGAACAUUUAUUUGUUUAAAUAAAUUUUCAACAUUUUUAUACGCAACAUAGUACGAAAUCUUGUAUCCAAAUUCGAAGGACACGUUCUUUCUAAUCGCAUAAGGUGUAUAGUUAAUUAAAUCAUAGAUAAAGUAUAAUAAACAAAUGCGAGUUUUUAUUGGAGCUGAGUGACCAAAAUCUUGCUUUUUUUUACAAAGAUUAAAUUAAUAUUCUUUGAAACAUUAGCAAUUUUAAAUUGUACGUCGUAGAAUUAAUUGUUUUAGUUAAGAAGAAUCAUGAAGAAUUAAUAUUGUUGUAUAAAAUGUGUAUCGGGAAAAGCAAAUUUUUGGUAAACGGAACGAGGGAACGAUUGAGAAACAAUUUCGAACGAAACGAAAACGUGAGGAGACGAAAUAUGUGUAUAAUAAUAUAAUAAUAAUAUUAAUAAUAAUAUUAAUAAUAAUAAUAAUAACAAUAAACUAACAGUACUAAUAACGACGACGACGAUGCAAAAUUGACACUCAAUUAAUUGAAGUGAACAGAUUAAUAAUAAAAAGAAUAUAUACACAUAUAUAUACAUAAACACAUAUACGCAUUCAUAUGUGUAUGUAUGCACAUAGGUACGUCACGCUUACGUGUGUGUAUCCAUAUACGUAUAUCUAUGUAUAUGUACGAAACAAUCUUGUAUUCUACGAUAAGUAAUUGUUUUUUACAUGCGACAUAGUGUAUUAUUAUUAUUAUAUAAUACAUCAUACGUAUACAUAUACGUCUCAGUGCGUGUAUACGUGUGCAUCUAUGUAGAGGAAGUAUAUAUAAAGCAUUAUAUAUGUGUAUAAAUGAAAAACAAAAAGGAAGUAUAAACGUAUGAUUAGCGUACGCGUGAGAUUUAAGCUAAAUUUUAUUAUUAUUUUACAUGUGUGUAUAUUUAUUGGCACAUAUAUAUAUAUUGGUAUGUCUAUAUGUGUGUGUAAUUUUUCAUACGAAUAGGAUGCGUCACAGUAUGUGUUUAAGUGCCAUCGAAAAAAGAUUGUUCAAUGUCGCAUUGAAUUUUGUUUGUUUGUUUUUCUUUUUCUCGAAUUGUCAAGCCACGUUGAAGAGCUCAAUAUUUCUUGGAAGUCAACAGUACCAAAUGGUGCCGCAUUUAAAAAAAAGAAAAAAAGAGAAAGAAAAAGAUGAAAAUGGUACCACAAACAUCACGGUGUACCUCGUAUACUAAAACGGUAUUGUGCUAUUGCAACACCAUUGGUACCCCAAGUUUUGUAAUGGUAUCUCGUAAUACCGUGGUAUCAUUGAUGUACGUGUAAUAGAAUGAUACUCUAUCGCUGUGAUAUCAUUGGUACUCCGUCUACUAGAAUGGUACCCUGUCCCUGCGUUACCAUUCGUACCGAUAUAUUAGAAAUGGUACCUUGUCACUGUGGUAUCAUCGGUAUAUCCUAACGUAGUACAACGUUAAAAUUCCGUCCGGUGUCAUUAAAAUGGUACCGGACGAACGUAGCAACACUGGCACCCAUGUACUAUAAGGGUCUCUCUAUUAUUGUGAUACCAUAAAGUAGUUCACUAGUAUCGGUAGUCAAGAGACGAACGAAAUUGUUUACGGUAAUUGCUAAAAAUUGUAGUCCGAGAAGGUUCGCGUUCUUUUGAUGCCUUGUUGGAUAGUUACCAAAAAAUUGUAUUGCUCACAGAACAGUCGAAUAGCAAGCCCCCCUGCAAUAUCGUUUAUUCUGUUGUUAUCUUCCCGGAAAAGAAAACAAGUUUCGCUCCGUUCAAUUAGGGAAUUACAAGUUUAUUAGAAAAUUAUGAAGAAGAAUUUUUGUUGCUGCAGCGAAAAUAGUUCUAAAGGAAAUAAUAGCAUAUGACACUUCAUGUGACUCAUCCUGUAUACGCAGACAUAGUAUCGAAUAUAAGCGUGAAUGUGUUGAAGAGGGUGCGUGGAUGGGCGAGUGUGUACGAAUUCAUUGAUUCCAACUGUAACACGAUGGAGAUAUUUGAUGAUUUUUUUAGUGUUAAUCGUUUUUCUGUACUAUAGGUAGAGAGCCACGAAUAUCUUGCGAAUAAUACAGUAUGAUUUGGAGAUAUUGUUCGUUGAA